AUGAAUCGGUUCAGGAAUAAGAAAAAGGGCAAGGAUGAGCUCGACGCUCCUCGACCUUCGAUGGAGUCCGAGUCUUCCAGCUCCUUCAGGCUGUUUGGCAAAAAGAAAGCUCCCGAAGAGGAGCCUAAGAAAGAACUCGAUCUUGCAACAGCACUACCCUCGACCGACGAUUUUCGAACAAGUCUUCUAAUGACGAAUCUUUCAGCAAGAUUCUCCAUGCUUCGGGAACAAGAUGACCCCAACACAAAGCUCGGCAAAGCCAGUGAUGAUAGCGUUCUGUUUCCCAACAGACAAUCAAGAAUGUUGGACUUUAAUUUUGCAGCUGGAUUGGGGGACAUCGCGGAGGUUGAAUCAGUGAAAGCCCCGUUUGCGCGCUCAUCAACACUAUCAAAUGAUGAUACUUCCUCACUGAACGGGAGCGUUAUGGGCCGCUCGAAGCCUAUCGAAGGAAACAAUCUAUUUGGAGGUCGGCAAAAAGUCUACAAAAUCGGUGCUGGAGGAAACAAGGGAGCUAUGAGUGGCCGUGUACUCUAUGGCGAUGAUGUGGCCCAGUCGGCUUUCCAAAAGUGGCGACAAUCCGAGAAGGAUAGGCAGUCAUUUGAAGAUGUGCAGCAAAGCGAGCCACUCGAGUCAGAGAUUGGAAGACCAGAGUCUCCAUCUCAGACUGACUAUAAUCGCAAGAGAGAAACCAACUCAACGAUAUCAUCCGGCCCAUAUGCAGCUCGGGACUCGACAGCCGCUACAUCUAUCAGCUCUUCUCAAAAAGACAGAGAGUCUUUCGCAAACACAUUCCGCACUGCCAGCCCGACUCCCACAGUGGAAAAAACUGUGACACGAACCCGCCGACUGUACGAGCAAAGCUUGAACCAAGACCAACAAGACCACCAAACAUCGGCACUCUCCAGAUUCGACACCUUAUCGAAGCGGACUAUUGGCAGCAGAACACCAGAUCUGACGCCUCCUGUUCCAUCUCCGUCCAGUGCAACAUUUGGGGAUCGUUUUAUCACUCGUUCAGUAUUAGGGAAGGCUAGUGCCCCCAAUCUGCGAUCUUUCAGCCCCCCAUCGGAGUCGGUGAACAAGUUUCCCAACAUGGAUCAGAAGGCCUUUGGUGCUACACCUCCUCUUAGCCCUCCCAUUAGUGAAACUGGCGAAGUCCAGCCCCUCGACAGAAACAUGAUUCUUGGCCGAAACAACAGUCAAUAUGACGAGUCGAGAUAUGCUCAAAGGCAAGUCCAGAUGCAGCGAGGUCGAGAAACCCCCACCAUGCGGUUCCGUAACGAUUCAAGCACUUCGUUGUCGGGACCUCGUUCUCGUUCUUCCUCUGCACAUCGCCCAUCCGCAGAGAAAAACGAAUCUGGAUCUUUCCAGACCGAGCCUACCGUCCAAGAGGAGUCGCAGACAUCAACCUUCUUCAACGACGACGAUGACGAUGAGAUUCAAAGCCCUGAUCUUACCACCCCCCAACUUACUGUUGAGAAACCGGCGGAUAAUGAGCACCCCGCUUUGAGACACUCUGCGAUGCCGACGCCGCUGAUCAUUAGUGAUGGACCUGCGGGUGUCGCACCUGCCAAAUCAGACAAUCUACCCCAUGAUUCUCCUACACUAGGACCGACGUCUGGGGGAUUGAGCGGCAUGGUAAGGCAGCAUCUGCGAUCAGACAGCAACGCCUCAUCGAUUUAUGGAAGCAUGCCUAACGAUGUUGACUUGUCCUCUCGAUUCCCCCCGGAGAGAACCGAUGCGCAUGCUUAUGAGCCCAAGACAAUGGACUCGAAUGCUUGGGAGUCAAUUGAGAGAGACCUGGCUAUGUCAAUCGACGGUAGUGUGACUAGCCCUACCAGAUCUUCCGGCCUUAUGGAAGCGCAAAUGACGUCUCUGCCCUCGCCUUUACAAGAACCGAAGCAGGACACCCGCCCGGAGCAAAAGGAUGAGACAGACGAUUUUGCUCGCCAUCUUGCCGAUGGGGCGCGACGUGUGAGGGAGAGAUUGACCUCUUUUGUGGAAUCUGACAGUGGUUCCACUGCACCAGAAACUCCGUUGUCUGAGCUACCACCCCUUCCGCGCCCGAACGCGUUGGGCAUUCUAAAGUCCAAGCCUAGCAUUGGCUCUAUGGGCGAGAGAGGUCGAGAGACUGUUAAUCAGUCAAAGACGAAGAAGCUACUGGGCCUCCGAGGCUCGUCGCCAGCAUCGGCUAGAGUUUCUCCUACCCGUGAUACUUUCGACGAUAGAAUGGCACAAUCUCCCGAGGGGAUCAACGAGGCCGAUACGUCAAGAGACCCUGAAGAAAAGGAAGGCAUUCACGCGGGGCUCAAGGCUUUCCGCCAAGCUCGCCGAGAACUCCAGAGAAUGAAGGAGCAUGAAGUUCAGCAGCGACGCCAAGGUCCACAGAGCCCCCCUACAGGCAGAGACAGAGCUCAAACUGCCACUUCAUCCCGGGCACCAUCCCAGGAACGCAGCAGGCCACCUCCAGUCUCCUAUAAUCGUAUGCCAAGUGAGGAAGCCGGAGCUAAUGGAGGUUCUCGUGCCGGCUCUCGUGCUGGCUCCCGUUCUGGAUCCAGAGCACCUUCUGAGCGUGACCGAAGCGGUUCUGAAGCAAGCAGCGGAGGACGCUCGGGCAGCCGACCACCACGUCUGAGGGCAGGAUCUAGUGCCCGCGAUGAUUACCAGGGACCCGUGGGAUCCCCCAUCGGAGUUAACGGAAAACCUCGACAGGGCCCCAUGAUGAGAUCACCUAUGAUGCCAGGACAAGACAUGCGACGACCGCCAAACUCGCAACCUCAACAACCAUACCCCGGGAAUCCUGGACGUUUCGUUCGCCCCGACAAUAGUCUGCACAUACAUCCUGCACACGGAUACGAUCAUGGUCAACCAUCACCAAUCUCCCCGAAUGCCCCAUCUCCGAAGGGUCUCCCUGGCCAUGGCCCCGGCCCACAAAGACCGUAUGGCCCCGGCGGCAUGAUGCGAAACCGAGACAUGUCGGAACCUUUGAUCAAAUCCCCAGGCUUACCAAUGUACCCUCGGCCUGGAAUUGCUCCCCUCAACGGCGGCACAGUCUCUACUCCUAACCUCCACGGCAACAUGACGGCCCCUCCACUGCCCCCUAUCAAUCCUCGACGUAAGAAUACAGGGGCUGCGCUUGGUGAUGCCACGAUGAACGCCCACCACCUCCCUUCGAGCCCUGGUAUUCCGAUUGACCAACGCGGCUUUCGAGGUGAAGAUGAUGACGGCGUCGGACACUACCGCCAGAGACUACGCAAAGCCACUAGUGAGGCGAACGUAAAUUCUCGAGCGAGAUCGAUGCUCCCAAAUCCUGCACCACCAAUGGUUCCCCCGCCUAUGCCUCCUAGCACGGGCAGCAACGCGCUUCCCGGUGGCAUGAUUUAG